ACUCAAUUAGUUUCAAAAACAAAAAAACAUAGAACUCAUUUAUCUUAUUAUUUUUAAAAAUUUUUUGGUAAUCAAUUAUUAUUUUUUAAAAUUUGAUUCCCCAGAGUUUUUGUGUAAUUGAAUCAGAAAUGAUGAUAAGAAGCUGAUAUCCCAUGAGGCUUAAGGCACAUCAUAUGGGCAAAAAAUCCAGAACUCUCCACACCCACCACAUCCGCGCGCAUCUAUCUUCCUCGCUGCACGAAACAAACCAGGAUCUCCAUAGCCUAUUACCCCAAAAAAAUCAGUUACAGAACAGAACCAUGGAGAUUUCAUCUGUUACUCUCUCCUUCUCAAGACCCCCAAUUGCUCUCCCCUUCUCUUCUUCUCAUUCCACCUUCUUCAACACCACCACUCUUUCAAAUACAACUAAAAAGUCUAGCAAUAAUUCUCUGGUUCUAGCUAAAACCAGAAACAGAAGUUUGAGAACCAGAAAGGGUCUCACUUGCAAUGCUUUGUUUGGUCUCGGAGUGCCAGAGUUGGUUGUGAUUGCUGGAGUGGCUGCUCUGGUUUUUGGGCCCAAGAAACUGCCUGAAGUGGGGAAGAGUAUUGGGAAGACUGUCAAGAGCUUCCAACAGGCUGCAAAAGAGUUUGAGUCUGAGCUUAAGAAGGAGCCCGAUUCACUAUCGGAGAGCCCAGAAGAAAAACCUACAGCAGUCGGUGAAGAGAAGAAACAAGAUGUUGAAGUCUCAAGCUCAAAGGAGAGUGUAUGAGACUGUAGAAAUAUGCAGUUGAUGCAAUUUUCUUUUGUUAUGUAAUUCCCAUGCGUUUAGAUCAUAUUUUUCACGCAGCAUAGAUCAGUGAGAAAUCGGAAUUUGAACUGGUAAGAUGGUCAUAUGCUACAAUUGAACAAGUAGGCAGGAGUCUGAUAAACUUUAGUAGGGAAGUUAGCAAUUUUCCAUCUCGUUUCAAACAUGUUAUCUAUUAAGAAUUCUGCAAAUAUAUUGAACUGCUUGUUGCUUUGCAAGUCA